GAUCCAUACACACUGAUCCCAGAGGGAUCGCUGUUGUUCUCAACCUAAUACCUUCAUUGUUGGCCUUCCGAGUCUCAGCCUGCAUGACCACUGAAAAUAUGACAGUACAAGCAUGAGAUUCUACAUUGUCAGAUCAGUUAGUGGGCACCCACCUCUGGAGUAGGUCUCCAGUGUUUCUGUUGGAUGUAUAUAGUUAUCACACAGUGAUGACAAUCCUGGCUACAGAAGGUGUAUAUAUCAGUGUACAUGGGGUGCUAUAAUGGAUCUAUACUCGCACCAACUUACUGCUGGUUCUAAUCAACAAGGAGAGGGGAAGUUGGUGUGAGAGUGCAGGUCAAAGGUCAUGUCUUCCAAAAGCACCAGCAGCACCCUUGUGCACUACCGGAACCUGGGCAAGUCUGGGCUCCGAGUCUCCAAUAUUGGCUUUGGAACAUGGGUGACCUUUGGAGGCCAGGUGUCAGAAGAGGUUGCAGAAGAGCUCCUCACCCUGGCCUACGAAAGUGGAAUCAACCUGUUUGACACAGCAGAGGUGUAUGCUGCGGGAAAGGAGGAAGAGCAGGUGUUCUCUAGGGCAGAAAAUACUCUAGGAAACAUUCUGAAGAAGAAGAGCUGGAGGAGAUCGAGUUACAUUCUGUCCACAAAGAUCUACUGGGGAGGGAAGGCGGAGACAGAGAAAGGACUUUCACGGAAACACAUCGUUGAAGGUCUGAAGGGCUCUCUGGAGAGGCUGCAGCAGGACUAUGUGGAUAUUGUGUUCGCCAACAAGCCAGACUCACAUACGCCAAUGGAAGAGGUGGUGCGAGCUUUCACCCACGUCAUCAACCACGGCUGGGCCAUGUACUGGGGUACAUCGCGGUGGAGCCCCAUGGAGAUCAUGGAGGCGUACUCGGUGGCGCGGCAGUUCAACCUGAUUCCCCCAGUAGCCGAGCAGGCGGAGUACCAUCUGUUCCAGAGGGAGAAGGUGGAAAUACAAAUGCCAGAACUUUAUCAUAAAAUAGGUAUCGGGACUGUGACAUGGUCCCCCCUUGCCAGUGGGAUCCUCACAGGGAAAUACGAUGAUGGUGUUCCUAUCUACUCCAGGGCUGCUCUCAAGGGCUACAGCUGGUUGAAGGAUAAGGUCCUGAGCGAGGAUGGACGACGACAGCAAGCCAAACUGAGAGAGGUGGCAGUGAUUGCCGACAGACUGGGCUGUUCUAUAGCACAGCUCGCCAUAGCGUGGUGUGUUAAGAGUGAGAAUGUUCACUGUGUCCUGCUCGGAGCUUCCAAUGUUGAUCAGUUGUAUGAAGACAUCCAGGCCCUACAGUAUGUGUCCAAGCUGACCCCGGCUAUUCUUAGCGAGAUGGAUAAGCUGCUUGGGAAUAAGCCUGUGUACAAGCGAGAAACAUACAGUCGACAAAGAGCCCGACAAGUUCCACGCCGAUAGCGCUAGGCAGGGAUCCAGCACAAAAACAUGCCUUCCAUGAUUGUACUUCCAGCAGAUGAACACUUUUGUCGUCUGCUCUAUGCAAGCAAGAUGGCGCCCACAUCGCCAUAGUUACCAGAAGAGGGCAGGAGGUACAGAGGAUGCACCUGCUGCUGAAGUCCCCACUAGGGCUGUAGCGGCGGCUUCUAGACGUGACUAAAUCAUGGACACUGCUGUGUAGCGGCAUCUUCUCAACAGCUAGAGUAAUGGCAUUGUCAGAUUGUUGUCAAAAUAUGUGCAAUGCCAUGUAAGUCAUUGUGUCAUAUUCUUUUUCCUCUUCAAAUUUUCCUCAUGGACUUUGAUUUAAUAUCGUUUUCAAGCGGCUGGUGUUCGGUGAUUGCUUGGAUCAUGUCCUUCGGGAACAUAACUGUGAGAAAUGUGAGAAAGGCAAGUGUCGGCUGUGGAAAUCUUUUGGCAGACACUAGGUGUACUGACAUGAACAAGGAUGCCCUCUCUGGACAGCCCUCAACUACAGGGUACGCUGCAGUGUUGGAGACAGGAAGUUAGCCAUGGAUGUACAAUAUUGUGAACACUGUGGAGGGGAUAUCUCGCGUAUACCACGUACAGUACAUAUAUAUCACUAUCCCAUGAUACUCAGCCCAGCUAGAGAUGAAUCUCGUCACCUUCUCCAUUGUGGGAGCUGGACUAAUCCUGCCUUGAAACACUGGACUCGCGCAGUACAAACUGCCACAGCCAUGUUGUAUGUUACUUUACACCACUGGAAUGAAAACUGUGCAUGAUUGAAACUUAAUUUUCAAUCUGUUCUUUGUGUGAAAUAUCUACAGCCUUUUAGUGUGUAGUGGUGAUUAGAUUCUCAUCUUUGCCUUUUUUUUCUAACAGUUGCCUCAAAUGAUUAAUCCACAAGGGGCAAGAACAAGAUGGCUGCCGAAUGUGAUAUUUAUCUGUACUGCUGGAAGUGAGUGUUUAAAGGUACAUAUCAACGAAAUUGUGUCAUGCAGAUAGCAGGAGAACCUUCAGGAUUUAAUACAUCACAGCUGUUUAACAACAUUGAGUUAUCAACAGGUCCAGUUCAGGAGAUGUGUACCUCAACACAAGGUAGACCGUGUCCAGGCAUGUCAUGUGACUUACCUCAUUCACUGGCUUGUACAGGAUCGUGAAGAACACAUGGAACCUGGUAGCCUCAAACCAAUUAAUAUCAAGAUUAUUCAUGAACUGUGGAAUUAUAUCAGCAUUAAUUAAUAUUGAAAUGUUUGCAGUGGGUUGUCAUAAAUUAUUUCAAGGAAGAAAAGCUAUAUGUGAACUAUGGUAAACACUGGAUAUGUCAUGUGGUAAGACUAACAAGAUGGACAAGAUGGAAGACAUGACAAAUUGGUGACAAAACGGGUACUCUUACCUUUGACAGUUAUAUUGGAACUGAAUAACAUGGUGUGACAUCUGCAGUUGUCGGGGAUAUUUCUAGAUGUUGGCAAUGACAGUCUUUUCUAAAUGUUAGCCAUUUCUUGAGGUUUGUGACGAAAGUCAUGAAGGUAAUGACAGACACCAGUCUACAAAUUUUAAAAAACCUGUUGGAUUGUUUUCAAAAUUCUUUGCAGAUAACCAAAAUAGUUCUGAUGGAAAUCCCAUCACAAAAUAAAAUCAGAUUCAAACUCACAGAGUUUUCAAAAUAAAAGUAUUGUAACAUAUAUUCCAGCUGUUAUUCCAACCUUUGAUGAAUCAAAUAUUCAUAGAAGAAUUAUCCCCUACAAUUGUUUGGGA